ACCGGGAGAGUGUGUCAGACAGUUCUGAGGGUCCGGAGUGUGUGUGAGAGAGUAUUGGGGACCAGUAGAGUGUGUGUGAGAGAGUAUUGGGGACCAGUAGAGUGUGUAUGAGAGAGUAUUGGGGACCAGUAGAGUGUGUGUGAGAGAGUAUUGGGGACCAGUAGAGUGUGUGUGAGAGAGUAUUGGGGACCAGUAGAGUGUGUGUGAGAGAGUAUUGGGGACCAGUAGAGUGUGUGUGAGAGAGUAUUGGGGACCAGUAGAGUGUGUGUGGGAGAGUAUUGGGGACCAGUAGAGUGUGUGUGAGAGAGUAUUGGGGACCAGUAGAGUGUGUGUGAGAGAGUAUUGGGGACCAGUAGAGUGUGUGUGAGAGAGUAUUGGGGACCAGUAGAGUGUGUGUGGGAGAGUAUUGGGGACCAGUAGAGUGUGUGUGAGAGAGUAUUGGGGACCAGUAGAGUGUGUGUGAGAGAGUAUUGGGGACCAGUAGAGUGUGUGUGAGAGAGUAUUGGGGACCUGUAGAGUGUGUGUGAGAGAGUAUUGGGGACCAGUAGAGUGUGUGUGAGAGAGUAUUGGGGACCAGUAGUGUGUGUGUGUGUGUGUGUGUGUGUGUGUGUGUGUGUGUGUGUGUGUGUGUGUGUGUGUGUGUGUGUGUGUGUGUGUGUGUGUGUGUGUGUGUGUGUGUGUGUGUGUGUGUGUGUGAGUGUGUGUGAGAUGAGGAGGAUGAGGAUGAAGAGGCUGGUUUUGGUGCUGACAUGCCUGUGGGCGUCGCCACCUUGCCUCGCCCAGGUGCGCAGCCCCAUGCCGGUGUUGUGGGUGAUGCCGGUUGCCACGGUGAUGCCGGGAGAGCAGAACGUGACGGCGGCAUUAGCGCCGGCGGUGUCGAUAGCGUUGGAAGACCUCCGGGGACGGGGGGGGCCCCAGAUGCACCUGCAGCUGCUGGACUCACAGUGUGACAGCGCCACAGCUCUGAAGGGUAUCUUCGACGCCAUGUGGGAGGAGCCUGGUCACAUGAUCAUCUUUGGAGGGGUGUGUCCCCAGGUGACAGCGGUGCUGGCUCAGUCUCUGCACGCCCUCGACAUGGUGCAGCCCGGCUCUCUUCAUCCCUCCCUCUGUGUUUCUCGGACCGCCACGCCCUCCCAGCUGUCCUUCACGGCGCUGCCGGCCGGGCCCCCCGCCCAGCGCCGCCCCCCAGGCCUGUUCAGCACUGUGCCGUCUGAAGCCGUCUUCAACGCGGCGCUGGUCCGGCUCCUCCAGCACUACAGGUGGACCCGGGUGGGGCUCCUCACCCAGGAGGGGGCCCGCCCCUCCCAGGAGGGGGCCCGCCUCUUCCAGCUACCAGAUGCUGAUCCCCAACUCACUGCUGACCCACCACGCAUCAGACUCAGCUCUGUCUCUAAAGCCAUGACGGGUGGUUGCUUUAAUAACACCGAUAUAUAUCUACACAUCCUUGUGAUGGUGUCCCUGAUCUUUGACGAUGUCACUGUGAUGGUGUCCCUGAUCUUUGACGAUGUCACUGUGAUGGUGUCCCUGAUCUUUGACGAUGUCACUGUGAUGGUGUCCCUGAUCUUUGACGAUGUCACUGUGAUGGUGUCCCUGAUCUUUGACGAUGUCACUGUGAUGGUGUCCCUGAUCUUUGACGAUGUCACUGUGAUGGUGUCCCUGAUCUUUGAUGAUGUGCUCUGUCUGUGUUACACCAAACCUGUGUCUUGGUGGCAGAUGAGGCAGAACCUGGUCCACCAGCUGAUGAAGGCCGAUGUCCAGAUGGUGGAAGCCCAGAGCGUGGGUGAAGACCCCUGCCUCAAGCUCCAGAAACUGAAGGACCGCGGCGUGAGGGUCCUAGUGGCCCAGGUGGACGAGGGGCCAGGCUCCAGGGUCCUGUGCUGUGCGUACGGGCUGAACCUCUUCGGGUCCGGGUACCAGUGGCUCCUGGCCAGCGGCCCGGACCCCAUGUGGACGCUGGACCCGGAGGCGUCUGGCUGCUCGCUGUACGCGCUCCACGCGGUUCUGGAAGGUUCCAUCCGGCUCAGCCUGCGGCCGCUCGGCGACUCAGGCCUCAGGGGCGUCUCUGGCAGGACCCCGGCGGAGUACGAGCUGGCGUACCGGUCAGAGAUCCGCCAGCAGGGGGCGCCAGACGCUUAUCUCCACGGCUACGCGUACGACGGAGUCUGGGUCCUUGCCAGAGCCGUGAGCCUCCUCACGGAGCAGUUCAGACACCGGAAGCGGCACAGCCCCGACCGGAACCUCUCCAUCAACCAGGCGCAGACGGCGGACAUGCUGCUCGCUGCUUUAAAGCAGACCCAGUUCGAGGGAGUCACCGGAACGGUCCGGUUCCACAACGGAGAGCGCGUGGCGUCCAUCGAGCUGAGGCAGUUCCAAGCGACCAGAGAGGUACUCGUGGGCCAGUACAACACCUUCACACAGGAGCUACGACUUUUUCCGGACCACCUGAAGUUUCCAGGCUCCGGUCCAGCUCCGGAUGGAUCCGGGGUCCGUCUGGAGUGCGGGAGCGUCGGUCGGGUUCUCUACGCCGUCGUCACCUCCGCUGCCGCCCUCCUCUUCAUCACCUCCCUCAUCUUCCUCCUCCGCAGCUUGUCAGACUGCACACGCUAUCGGGGCCCGAGGGGCUGCGGCCGACCCCUGGACCCCCUCCUCCUCCUGGGCAUGAUGCUGGCCCUGUCCUGGGUGCCCCUGGCCGGGCUGGACAAGGCCCUGGCGCCCGCCUGGUGGUGGGACCCGCUCUGCUCUGUGAGUCCGCCGCUGGUGACCGCAGCGACACUGUGGGGUCCCGCUGGUGACCGCAGCGACACACGACACAGUGGGGUCCCGCUGGUGACUGCAUCCACACUGGAGCUCAGGAUCACUGUGUCACGCGGUCUGGUCUGGUUUGAGGCGGUCUGGUCUGGUUUGAGGAGGUCUGUUCUCCCUCAGGUCCGCCUGUGGGUGCUGACUCUGGGUCACUGCGUGGCGGUGGGCGUUCUGACCACCAGGAGUCUGAACAUCUACAGACACCUCCUCCCCCGGCCGGGCGCCGGGAAACGGGAGGACAGAAGAACAUGCUGGCCGCUGGCUGCCAUGUUUCUGUUGGAUGUGUUGUUUUUAUGCUGCUGGCAGGCCCUGGAUCCUCUCAGGAGGGUGGAGCGAGUCUCAGAGAGCGGUGCAGAAGAGGAGCAGGACGGUGUCAGCGCCGACACAGACUGCUGCGUCAGCACCAACAUGGACCUGUGGAUCACCGCCCUCUAUGCUUACAAGGGCCCUCUGCUGGGUCUGGCCUGUUUCCUCGCCGGCUCCCUCAGAAGCAGGACGGACGUCGCGCGGGCAGUGACCCGUGAGGGCCACCGGGUGGCGCUGAGCGUGUUCGCGGUGGCGGCGAGCAGCAGCCUGGGGGCGCUGGGGUCCCUCCUCAGCUCCCAGCAGCCCCAGCUCCUCUUCCUCCUGCCCUCCCUCGCCGUCCUCGGCGCCGCCGCCGCGCUCCUGGUCUGGGGCGUCCAGGCCCAGGUCAGCCCCGCCCACGCCGAGGUCAGCCCCGCCCCCAGGGUGGCCCCUCCCACAGCGGGGGCGGAGCCUCGCGGUGAGGUGUCCUGCAGUGUUCCUCCAGCAGAGGGCGCCACUCAACGAAGCUCGCCAGAGAGCCAGGAGGGCGGGGUGCAGCGACUGACCACGGAGAACCAGGAGCUCAGGAGAAGAAGAAGACAGCUGCGUCUUCUCUCGCCCACAUGCCGGGUCACUGCAGGACCGGACCCCGCGCUGCGUCCACCCGCUCCGUCCGGGGGGGGCUGCGUCCAGAGGUCCAGCACGGUGGCUCAGAUCAGCUGCCACAGCCCCCCCGGCCCACCUGGACCCCGGGGGGGCUCCGGAGGGGACGGGGUCAACACCCCGGAACGCCUCAGGAGGAGGAUGUCCGUCCAGCUGCCCAUCUUGCACCACGCCUACCACCCCGUCGUCGGGGGCGUGGCCAGCAGUCACUCCAGUCAGCUGGAGACCCCCGAGGCCCCGCCCCCCCACCGCUGCACACGCCCCGCCGCCGUCAGCCAGGUGUAACCGUGGAAACGCCCGGUUCGCCUGGCGCUCGGAGAGCUCCGUCUGACAGGAACACCUGAAGGCUGGUAGAUGUAUCCAGACGUCUGUCGUCCGAUGUCGCCGCAUUGUGAACUCUAACAAACACACAGACUGACAUUAAGAGCCAAUCCCAUUUCUACCCCUUACCCCUUACCCCUUCAAAACAAGGGGGAGGGGUAAGGGGGAGGGGUAAGGGGAAGGGGUAAGGGGUAGAAAUGGGAUUGGGCCUACACAGCUUGAGAUUGGAACCGGCUGCUUCACGGCGUUUGAACAACGACUCAGUGACUGGGAAGUUAUAUUUUGAUCAAGGACCUUCUCCAUGUCACGCUGGCUUAGGCUUUGUAUUCAUACAAAUGUUGUAUGCAUGCGGAAUCGACCUCGGUUAGGACAACGGGCGUCUCCCACCGCAGGGCUCUCCGUCGAUGUGGAGAGCUCUGAGGUGUCACUGGGCGACCAGCUGCUCCUCACUGCCGCCCCCUUCAGGGUGGGGCUCCACGACCCCGGGAGGAUGCGUCCGUUCCUCCCCAGGAAGACCGCCCAGGGCUGCGGCUGUGGCUCAGAGUGCAGCGGCCCGGCCGGGCUUCAACCCGAAUCCUCCCACAAUGCGCUGCUCCUCAGCGCCCCGCCCUGGCUGCCGCUGGCUGCUUGAUACCAGUUCAAGUCACUGGUACAUGCCCACCGGGCUGCGAUGGUUCAGGCCCGUCCUACGUCCAGGACGUGGUCAGACCAAUCACCCCCGCACGUCCAGCACGCUCUGCGACAGCCGAUCGGCUUGCUUCUCCCUCGCUAUGGGUGAACAAAACCUGGAUUGUUUUCUUUCCCGGCUCCACAAAUGGUGCGAGCUCCCCACUGACAUCACGUUACGAUCCAGCUCUGGGACCCGAGCAAGAUAGGGACGGACGAGUGAGGGAUUCCAUCUCAUCAAUAAAUAGGACUUAAUAUGACAUUAAUUUCAUCGACACUAAAACGCGAAUCAAAUUGGACUCCCAACAGAACAUCGUGGCGCCAGGACAAGGGGAACAAUGUAGUACUUGACCCAGUAUGCUCGUUUGAUUAAUUUUGUGUACUGGCAUGAUUCAUACACUUUUAGGGUGUUUAUCCUCAUGGUUGAAUGUACUCAUUGUAAGUCACUUUGGAUAGGAACGUCUGCUAUAAUAGACGUCUAUAUCAGCCAGCCGCACCUUGUGAGUAGGCCUACUGACAAGCAUUGUGAUUUCAUUUCAUAACUGCCACAGUUGAUUGCAAAUCAGACACUCACACUUGCCAUUGAACUAUUAGAGGGAACAUUAAUUUUCCCAACGUGUCUGACAUUUUCUCUACUCACUUGCUUCCUCUUUUUGGAAGAGAAGCUCCACAGCGCCAACUUAUGUAAUGUAAUGUGUAAACUAAGAAAUUUAUUUUUAGAAUUUGCUGCGGGCCAAAUCAAAAUGGACCAAGGGCCACAGUUGGCCCGCGGUCCGUAGUUUGGACUCUCCCGACUUGGACUCAUAGGCCGUGCCUACCCCCAAAAUGGAUGCUCGGCGACUAUACAGGUUAAGGCAGUCCUAUCCAGAUGGGGCUUCAAGGGGCUAGAUAUAAGAAAUGUCGACACUGGUAUCACGACCCAGACCGGAGACCUGACCACCCUGACCUGAUGUGAGAGGGGAGCAAGGCAACUGGGUGCUAUGACCUCUGCAGAGAGGGGGGGGGGGGCUGGUUUCACCUCCCUCCACAGUAAACGCACAGAGCUCUGAGGGGCCAAUCGGAUCAGCUGGAGGCAUGGACAUCAGGCCGGAUGAAGGAGCACUAGUUUCUGCCCCUCCUCAAGCCUCAUUCACUGCAAACAAAGGUGCAUCUUUACAACGAGGUCCCUUACGAGAAUUAAAAAACGCCCUUUGUAUUUUGUUUUUAAAACCUUUUCUCGAUGACAUAAAGGUCUGACUGGUGUUGGAGGGUUGUAGGUCUGGGAAGAACUCUGGGAAGUGUGUGUAACUUCAGGGGCCUCUUGUUUGGUUUGUGAACAUAUCCUGCAGGCGUCUCCUUUUCUGUCUACUAUAUAUUGGCCCACUCAAAUUAGGUAUAUUGUCUGCAUAUUUAACAGAUAGCUGGAAGCAAAUUGCACUAUUCAGAGCGUUUGUUUUAGGGAUUGGGACGUUCUUUUCAGUUCACCUGCAGGGGAGUGGGAAACGUACAGUUUUUUGGGUGCAACUAUCUGAAAUGUUUAACAAUAUACCGAGUGAUAAUGUGUAUGCAAAGUUCUUAACAUAAUUUUUUCUAUUUUAAAUCGAACCAUUUUAGCUUAAGUACUUAAAAGUGCACACCCAUUUAUCAUGAUCCGCCUCAUCCUCAUCCGUUCGUUUGAUAUUUUUUCCAUCUGUGCAGUGGUUGAUGUGCGCGUCCGAGAGAGGGUUAAGCUUCUAUAACACUUUAGACACCAUAGAUCUUAGCCAUGGAGAUAACACAAUCCAGUCAUUCCUCGGCUCUCAAAUGUCAUAUUUUUAAAAAGGCGUUCUCUCCAGAGCCGGUUACUGGAGCAAACUUCAGAAAGAUUUGAGGUCUUCCAUGACAUUAUCCAUUUAAAUCAGAACAUUUUUAUUUGUUAUCUGAUCUUCUUGUACUUUCCCUUGACAUAUCUUUCAAUGAUUGUCUUUUAGUUUAUUAAAUACAUUAAAGGGGUGGCUUCGAAUCCUCAGUGAUCCGAAUCUUCGAUAGAAAGUCACGUAGUCGUCUUUAAUAGUCGAAUUGUGUCGGAAAAGUGGUCUGUGUGUUGCAGCCGGACAUAGAGUGAGGACAGGGGAGCUUAGUGAGUUAUACCCCAGCCGAAAGCUGGAGGACUGACGAGUCCGUCGACGACCCCUUUUGGCUCGACUGAGACCUGCGGUUUCGUGUAAGGAUUCGUGUGGACACCUGAAGCGACGUUAGAGUUGCGUUGAAAGUUGCAGGUUUUUUUUGUAUUAUUUUUGUAGCUUUAAAUACAGCCCCUUGGGCAAUUUUAUUACUAACUGUACAUUAAAAAGUAUUUCUACUCAAUCUAAAAGGUUAAACAACUACUAUCUCCUCCUCGACUUGAAUGUUUGCAUACCGCGCGAACUUGAAGGCUGGAUGCGCUCCACUUUUUUUUGUCAACAAACGAUUGUUGACGUGCACAACGUAGUGCUGUAUGUAAUCGGAUGACGAAAAAAAAAAAAAAAAACCCGCGGCAUUGCCUGAGUUCAAGUGUUGUAGUUGCGUCUGUUGUCCACUAGGGGGGUGCUGCAGCACCCGGAGCACCCCACUUCCUGCGUCCCUGACUUCACAUACACUGAAAUGUAACUCUAAUGAAUUAUUGACGAUGGAUGUCAUAUACAUGAUUUUUUUAUUGACAGCCACCAUUGUGAAAUCCUUUAUUUUUUUCAUUACUUUCUCUUAAUUGGUGUUUUAAGUUUAAUGACGGUGGUGGUGGAUUUGAAACGAAAGCUCGCCUACUUGAUAGGCUGUGAAUAAUGACCUCAACAGCGCCAUCUACUGGAGCGGUGAAGUUGUUUUUAACUCUGGUCGCCUUUUUGUGUGGUUCAUGUGCAUACUGUCCGUCACUUAUUUUUAUCAUUAAAAAGUUGCAACGUA